GAAAAAAAAUCUGGGGACAAAGCGAUCUUCCGUAAAUAAGCAAAAUGGCGUCGUCUGAGUUUCCCUUACACGAAAGAGUAUUCAAUGGCGACAUUAAACGGGUUUCUAGAUUGAUACGAACCUGUGACGUAUCUCAGAGAGACAAUCAUGGAAAUACUCCUCUACACCUUGCAGUCAUGCUUGGGCAUAAAGAAUGUGUGCAUUUGCUACUUGCUCAUGGAGCCCCGGUGAAGGUGAAAAAUGCUCAGGGAUGGACACCAUUGGCAGAAGCCAUCAGCUAUGGUGAUCGACAGAUUAUUCUCUUGGUAUUACGGAAACUGAAACAACAGUCCCGGGAAGCCUUAGAACAAAGACGCCCUCUGAUUGUCCAGGCUCUUAAAGACAUUGGAGACUUUGACAUGGAGCUUAAAUGGGAUUUUCAAAGCUGGGUGCCCUUGGUAUCAAGUAUUUUACCAUCUGAUAUUUGUAGGAUACGAAAGAAAGGAUCGCGAAUACGACUAGACACUACAUUAGUGGAUUUUACAGAGAUGAGAUGGGAGAGAGGCGAUAUUACUUUCAUGUUCAAUGGUGAAGCUGAGCCCAGAAACAGUUUGACUGUGCUUGAUAACAAAGCAAAAGUGUUCCAGAGAGUCAGAUAUGAGGAUACAGACAUAGAACUGGAAGAGGAAGUUGAUAUUCUGAUGAGCAGUGACAUUGUGGCAGCUCAAAUGUCAACCAAGAAAAUCACAUUUUCUCGUGCUCAAAGUGGUUGGCUGUUCAGAGAAGAUAAAUCUGAGACUAUUGGAGGUUUCAGAUCUCAUUUUUACUGUGUGAACAACCUUGUACUGGAGUCCAAGAAAAGACGCGAGCAUUUGUCUGCAGAAGACAUUCAGAAAAACAAAACCACCCUGGAAAACAUCGUCAAGGGCUCAUGGGACAAUGCCGAGGCUUCCAAUGGGCAGGAGCGACGGCGGUCACUUCAGCCCCCGGAAAUAUGCAACUACACGUGGACAGACUAUGCCACAUCACCACCUGGCCAACCACCGUGCCUCGGCCGAACCAAAAUCUCCAAAGAAAGCUCAAAAGCCUUCAAAGCAACAGUUGCAAUGAGCGACGACUUCCCAAUGACUGUUGAAGUACUGCUAGAUGUUCUGGAAGUUGUGGCUUCUUUCAAACAGUUCCAGAAGCUCAGAGAUUUUAUGACCUCAAAGCUCCCUCCAGGCUUCCCAGUUAGAAUAGAAAUCCCAGUGUUUCCAACCAUCACGGCAAAGGUGACCUUCACCAGCUUUAAAUGGAAGACGGACCUGUACAGCAGCCUGUUCAGCAUUCCCCAGACCUACACCGAGGACCCCAGCCGCUUCCCCGACUUGUGACAAUACAUGGAGCUCUACACCGUCCACAUCGCCUGCAGCCUGAGGGAGGACCACGCCUUUGUGCCCCUGGACAGUGUCCGCCCUGCCACCGAAAGCUGUUGCUGGCGCAAGUGGAGUGACCAAUCGCCGCCAAGGAGCAGCAUGUCAUCUCUUGGCUCUCCAGUUUUACUUAAGUUUACAUCGUCGUCGCCAGUCAAGGAGGAAAGAGAUUGUGAGAGACGGGUCUUGCAACAGACGACGACAUCGUGUGAUAGAAGGAGUAUUGCUGGGUUUGUCACUCCUUCGCCUGAGACUUGUUCGCAUUGUGAGAAUAAGCAGCAAAAAAGUUCACUACUGCCGUGGAGAGGCUUUAAAGGGGGCAAUAAGGCGUUGUCCCGUCAUGGUCAUUGUCAUCGGGUUGAUUUUGACAAUGAAUUCACUCAUCGAAGCACGAUGCGGCUACAUCGUGACCUGGAGCAUUCUGGUCAAGGUCACAGUAACACGCCAAUGGCAGAUUGUGGCUGGUGUAAGGGGCAGUGUCCAUCAGUUGUUAAGUGCUCAUGUGUAUUGGCGGGAUGUUGUUAUGGAGCUAUGCGGAUGGGGCAUAGAGCUGAAACAUGUCCCAAAACUGAUCACAAGGAUGUUAGUGCUGAAAUUGUUGUUGAACAAGAUGUAUACAGCUGUCUUGAUGGCUGCUGUAUUGUUGAAAAUGAAUCGCCUGUUGUGAGAGAACGUGCUGUUGUCAGUGUCAGCGGUGGUGGACGUGUCGCCAAUAUUACUGCUGUUCAAGGUCCAGUGUGUGCUAGUCGGAGCAAAGCCCAAGGAAAGCAAUAUUAUUGUGUGCCGUGUGAAAGGGGGGGUUGUGUGUGUGCAUCUUGUGGGUGUUGUGUGUGCGACUCUAAGAAGAGUGUCUGUCUUGAUCUACCGUUGACCAAUUUUGGGUUCUACAGCGGAGAGGUUACGAUUCUGUUUUGAUUCCUUAAAUUUUUUAAUGCCUUUUUACUUACUGACUUUUAUGCAAGUGGUUGUUAGCUCCAGUGUGGUCUACUACUUCUUUUUUUAAUCUUUAGUUUUUGCUUUUCUCUUAAGUCUUUUUCUGGCCAAAUGUUGUCGUUGUUGUACUGACCAUGCGUAAACUACUCCCUGACAACAUACUUAUUUAUAAUUUUGUGAAGAACAUUAACCCUACAUCAUGUCUUCUACUUUAAGCAUGAUCCUGGGCUAUGUUCAUUACUGCCUUUCCAGCUUGGUAUUUAUCUGUUUAGCCUAUCUAUCAUGUGCUAAAUGGUUGGAGCACACCAUUGGUAGGCCCUUUUCUUUUUUUUUUUCUCUAGGUUGUUUCUGUCUGUUCAUCUUAGUUUUUCCCUACCCGAACUGACUGUUAUGAGCGUAUAUUUCAUAAUGUGUCUAUGUGCAUUUUUUAACUUAAAAGAGAAUAAAACUAGCUUUAUGCAUUUUCUGGGAUGAGCUGUUCUGUGGUGUUCCCCUAAGAAUUUCCUUGUCUGGGUCUGGAUGUGGUAUCUGAGGUGCCGAAUUUCCUGAUAAAUCUGUGUUUCCGAAUUUCUGAAAUUAUCUGGUUUCUCUUGACCUUAGGCCGAUACUCACUUAAAGUCUCGAUACAAAGUGUACUAAACAGUAUGGUCCAUAAAUUUUCAGUAACAUUUAAGCAGGGUGCGAAAGUUCGGGUGGGGGGGGGGGGGGUGUAGCCAGUUGGCACCCCUGGUGUUUUGCUGGUUGAGUUUUUCACUGUCUAUUUCUUUGUGACUCGCUGGUUAUUUUCCUUUUUUUAUACUAUUGUUAGUACCAUUAGGAAGACCUAACAGAAGAUGGGAAUAGGACAUAGAAAUCUGGGUUGGAACCAAAACAACUCGGGCAGGCAAAAGGGCAUGAGACACUGUUUUAUUGCCGAAAGGUCGAAGAAGCAACGUCCAGCUACUGUAAAAGGCAAAGAAGAAGAACAUCCAGACUUGCUGUUUGUCACUGUCGUUCAUUUCUCGCUUUGUCUCACAGCAUUCGUUUUGGAAAAUGGAUGACAGGCAUCGGUUUAGAUUUAAGUCUGUAUUAUUUGUAGGGUUUUCUUCAUUAUUCUCCACGUCCGGUCUUUGUUUGAGAAGGACCCGGUUUUAUACUGGAAGUUGAUUAUGCUGAUUUGUGUUUUUACUAAUUUUCUUUGGGAGUACCGAUUUUCCCUCUAUGGUGAUGAAGGUUGUUUUUAUAUUGUGUUCUCUGGCCAGUGAUGUAACCACCAUCUGUAUUUGUUUUUUUAGCUUCAGUACUUCCAAAGCGUGUAAACAAGUAUUGAAUAUUGUACAGAAUGUUCCCAACCGAUGAAUUGUGAAAAAUGAGUCGUCUGUUGUGAGUGAAUGUGUUGUCCUUCAGAUGGACGUGUUGUGGAGAAGAGAAUUUUGGUUGCUGCUGUGCAGAUUCAGGUGUGUGCUAGUGGGACUGCUGUAGAGCAGUGUGAAUAUGUUGUCAUGUGAGAGAGGAGGUUGUUGCAGAUGAGCUCUGUGCUUGUCUUAUGUGAGACUCAGAAGGGUCUCUGUCCUGAUCUACCGUCGACCAAUUUUUUUUUUGUUCAGUCGUUGAGAGAUCAUGAUUUUGUUUUCGGUUCUUCAGGUUGUUAAAUGCCUUUAACGCCAGUCAAAAUUCCCAGUGCAAGUAAUUUUUUGUCUUGGUUUUGUACUUCAUACGGCAGUUAGAGACAGUUUUUGUCUCCGUAUGUGAAUCAUUGCUUAUAUAUAAACGAACAUGACUUUGUUA